GCUCGGCGAGGGGCGUGUGCGCGGGCUUGGCACGCGCGGGCCCCAUGUUCACCGAGCUGAGGUCCAAGCUGAGCCCCCCGCGAGGCCGCUCGGGGGCUGUGCGCGCCGGUUUCGGGGAGCGUCGGGAUGUGGACGCCACUGCCCACUUCAGCUUCUGCCAGACACUCCUGGAGCACACAGUGUCAGCCGAGAGCAUCCCCUGCCACCUGCCUCGGACCCCAGGCUCCAGCCUCACGUGGCACGACUCCCGCAGCCCGGGUCGGCUAUACUCUGACCACUAUGGCCUGUACCACACAAGCCCCUCCCUGGGCGGCCUGACGCGGCCCGUGGUCCUGUGGAGUCAGCAAGACGUCUGCAAGUGGCUCAAGAAGCACUGUCCCCACAACUACCUCGUCUAUGUCGAAGCCUUCUCCCAGCAUGCCAUCACCGGCCGGGCGCUGCUGCGGCUGAAUGCGGAGAAGCUGCAGCGGAUGGGGCUGGCACAGGAGGCCCAGAGGCAGGAGGUUCUGCAGCAGGUGCUCCGUCUGCAGGUGCGCGAGGAGGGGCGGAGCCUGCAGCUGCUUAGCCAAGCUUCCUCUGGACACAUGUCCUAGCCACUGAGGUUCGAACCCCAGACCCCAGCACUGUGACCAGAGCCCACAGCGAAGGAUGAGGCAGAGCUGGCCACUCAGCCCCUCUGGACUCUGCAGGAUGCCCUAGUGGCCAAGCCUGACCCGCAGGUGGGACCAGGGUCUCCAGCUCUGGGCGCCUGUGGUUGGGCAGGCCAGGCUGUGCCCUGGGGCUGGGUGGUGGAGCCACUUAAGUGCGGCCCCUCCUGUUGGGACCUGAGCCCAAGCCCACCCUUGUGCUGCAGGCAGCACCCAGGGCACCUGCCUGGGCCACGUCGGGUUUGGCUGUCCCCCCAAACUCCCAGGGGCCUAUUUAUUUACAUUCCCCUAACCACGUGACGCCUGUCCCCACCGCCCACCCAGUCCGUCUGCCCACUUGCCUGUCCCGUUCUGCGCCCUCGCCGGCACUGCCAGGUUGGCCACACAGGUGGGCUAGACCACACCAGCUCCCUUUGGCUUGCGUGCCUCCCAGCCCCUGCCACGGCCCAGCAGGCUCACCCCUGCCAUGACCAUUGGCACCCAAGUGCUGUCUGUCCUUCCCCGGGGAACCUCAGCACGCCCCGUCCGUUCAGAGAACAGAGGCUGACAGUCUGAGACGGCUGGAACCCCAAAGGCAAGACGUGGUAUGGGGACACCAGCCCUGCCCAGGCAGUACACGCCAGUGCCCACCGGGCUCAGGGGAGCCCCCAGCCUGGCCUCUGGGAGACCUGCUUCUAAGCAUCUUCCCUGCUCCCAGUUCAUGGAGACCACGUUCAAGGCCCAGCCAUCUGUGGUGUUCCUGUCGCUGGAUUCUCGUGAGACACUGUCCUCAGUGCCAUGCCUCCACGUCCACCAUCAGGCACCGGAGAGCCCUCCCUGGGUGAUCCGGACUGGUGCUGCCCACAGAAGGACAGUAAGGGCGGCCCUGCCAGCCCCCUCCCCUCCCGUGGGGAGUCUGAGUCUCAGGGACAGAUGAGGCUGAGCCCCCAGCUCCCUGUGCGCCCUGAGCGGCCUUAGGCCCAAGGGUGCUUGUGGCAGGUUCCAGUGGUGUCUGGACAACUAGCCUGGUCCUCCUGUCCCACACGCCCCAUCAGGAGCCCCUCCCUAUGGCUGCCCCAAGUCCCUCUGUCCACCUUGUGCCCUCAGCCUUCACCCAGAGCCCUCCUGUCCACCCCUGCCCGUGUCCUGUUUUGCGCUCGCUUUUUAUAUGGACAAAAAACAAUCAGAAAUAAACCUGGUUCUCAAGU